GUCGAGUUGCUGCGACCUUCCCAUUCGACUGGAAGCAGUUCGACUGACUCGAUACCAACAUGCCGAAUAUGUCUGGUGAAGGAAUGCGCCAACAAACUCGUGACCCCUUGUUACUGUAAAGGUCGGGAACUUCUCGUCGUCCUCAUUUCCUACGACAUUAAUAUUCCAAAAUUGACAACAAAAAAAAUAGGUUCCCUUCUCUACGUCCACAAGUCAUGUCUGGAAAGAUGGCUGCAACAAAACAGGUCCGAAAAUUGCGAGGUCUGCGGCUGUCGCUAUCGAAUGAGGAAAAACAGCAAGUCGUUGUGGACCUGGAUGAAGAACCCUGGGGACACAGGAGACAAAUUGCGACUGGCCUGGGAUAUCGGCUGCUUCGUGGUGCUUCUGCCCCUGGCCACGUUCAGCACUUGGUAUUGCGUGGAAGUCGGUCUGGAAUACACGACUCACGCGGGCGGGAAAUCCUCCAACAUUUCCACGGGACUCUACGUCCUCUCCGCUCUGCUCCUGGUCAUUUUCGGGGCUUGGACUGUCCUCAUACUCAGGUUUGCAUUUCUAAUCUGGAAACCUCGAUCUAAGCCUUUAACCACGUGGGCAUAUGCUCCCUCUCUCUCAAGGGAGAACAUCCACGACUACCUGGAUUGGCGGAAGUCUCAUUACGACGUGGAACUGCUUCUGGAGCCUUUCGCCGUCCAAAUGGAGGCGAACGAGAAUGACAACGACAAACAUCAAGAGAUUGGCCAAGUGGUUCCCGAUGUCUACAUUAUCGCCAAUACUGUCCGCCUUGAGGUCACAACUUGA